CGGAUACAAAGGCAUUUAAUACGGCACGCAGAACCCAACACAGCAAGCACCUAGACACGCAUCACAUACCUAGCACACAACACACAGCACAGCUGAGGUCUCCCGACCCUCCAAGGGUGAAAACAGUCUCCCAGUGACACCUCACGUGCACCGAGGGAGUCCCUCCUCCGACCCAUGAAUCAAAGACACCGGCUGGCAAAACUCGGUGAUGCAGCCACGUGCGCCCAGCUGGGGGUGCAUUCCGAGACCCUGGACGGGAAUGUCAUUCCAAACCACAAACACUGCAUGACGGCCGACUCGCAGGCGGAGACGAACACUCAAAUGUGGCCACGGCGACCCCGCAUAGCCACUUGCGAAAGUCCUGACGGAAAGUUUGAGUCGAGCAGCGUCUGGAGGAGGCCCUGUCGCAUGCAGCGUUCACAGUUCAGACGGGAACGGGGCGGCCACCUGCCGGAUCAGACGCUCAGCGCCGCACCCUCACUCACGCAGCGUGGCUGCGGCCGGUCUGUCGCCAGCCCCGACCUGCCGACCCCACCGCCAGCAGCACCGACUGAUGCCGCUGCUCAAGUCGUCCGAGAUCGCUCGUUGGCCGCCACGGUGGACCGGCGCUUGGCUGCGUCGCCUUGGCUGAGUUGUUCUCGUCACAUUGUGAGUCAAGGCGCGGGCAACAUCUUGUAAAGUAAUCAAGGCCGCGGCCGAGAUAACAUUGAAUCGCUCCGCGCCGUGCAGCCGUCCAUCUUCGACGGCACACGGAAUGACGGGCGGGGCCAGGGGUUUACGUAGUACCUGCAAGCCUCGCACACCAGCACACCUGGUAUUUUUAACUCUGGUUCUUACUGGUCUUCGUAGCGCUCUCAUAUUUCCAACGGCCCCCAUCAACACCUGAGCUUUUUUUCUUUGACGGGACCGUUUGCUAAAAAGCAGCUAGCGGGGAUCCUUUUUUGU